AUGAAAGCUCAACUUCAAGCCAUAUCAUUAAGAAUCCAAGCUGUUCGAAGUAGUGACCAAAUGACCCGCUCGAUGAGCGAGGCAACUGGUCUAUUGGCAGGGAUGAACAGAUCUAUGAAUUUGCCUCAGUUACAAAGGAUAUCGAUGGAGUUCGAGAAGCAAAGUGAUUUAAUGGGCCAAAGACAAGAAUUCAUGGAUGAAGCUAUUGAUAACGUCAUGGGUGAUGAGGUAGAUGAAGAUGAAGAAGCAGAUGAAAUCGUAAAUAAGGUCUUGGAUGAGAUUGGAGUAGAUUUGAAUUCACAGUUGCAGAGCACACCUCAAAACUUGGUUUCUAACGCGCCAGUUGCAGAAACAAUCGUAGGAAUUGCUGAACCUAUUGGAGCAGGAUCCGACUCUCAUGGAAAUCCUGAUGAUGAGCUACAAGCUCGAUUAAACACUUUGAAAAAGCAGACUUAG